ACAGACAAUGAAGACAGUCACUGAAAACCAGGAGCUCUGUUGGCAUAACUGAGAACAUCAAGGACGAGCACAAGGACAGAGGCCCGGCUGCCCAUGGACAAGGCUGAUUUCUCAGAGCGUAAGGCUUCCAAGCAACGGGAGGGCUUCCCUGACGAUGGGGGUUCCUCCCAAACUAAGCUACACGCUGACCACAAUUUUUCCUCGGAAAACAACAUCCUGGGUGUCUCAGAUCGAGUGAUUCCAACAGCAGAGGACCCUCAAGAGAGGGCUGCCCAUGAAAUGACGUGCAGAAAUGCAGGCGCGGUUAUGACUCUGGGUAAAACGACUGAACGCGCUGCCAAGAAAAAAUCUGAUGAAGAGCAAUGCUGCCCCCCAACUCUUCACAUCCCAGCUAAGAAGGGCGACCGUUCAAAGUCAGACCUUUCUGAUGUUUUACAGCAUCAUCUUUCCAAAGAGCGUCUAAAAGUCCAAGGCAGUCAUUGUGAAACUCUCCCAGAGGUCUCCAGUGCGGACAGUCUUGAUGAAGCCAUUGUUAAAAGUUUUAUUUUGCAUUAUGUUAAGAGUUUUUGGCCAAAAGAACCAACCCCAGAACUCGCUGACCAGCUCAACCCCCUGAGGGAGGAUGACAUGGGCAGUGAGCCCCGCUGUUGCCCCACCAUGACAGCAGAAAACACCUCUGAGACAGAAGAGCCAGUGGCUGCGGGAGACGGCAGCCUUCCACAAAGUUCUACUUUUCUAACUAAAUCCAAGAGUCCAAGCAAUAAACAAAAAGGCUGCCAAGGGCAGAAACUGCAGACGGAACACACAAGAUCAGGCCCUGGGUUCAAAUAUGGCCAAGGCUGUUACCGGUUCUCUGAUCGCUCUAGUGUUGCUCCCCAAGUGAAAAUCCCUAAAAAUAAUACGAUUGAUAAACCACUUCUAACAGAUAAACAAGCCAGCUUUUCUCCUGAACUGAGAGCUGGAUUAGCUCUUGGGCAAGAAAUUCCAGAAGGCACGGCUAGGCCAGACAGUGCUGAGAAGGAAGAGCAGGAAAGGAAGACUGGGGACCCCUCCCAGCAGACAGAGAUGAAGCCUGCAACACACAGCCACCAAGAACAUCUCACAGGAUCCGAGACACGCCCCUGGAAGCUGUCAUCAACCUCUCAGAAAGACCCUUCCUUGAGUUCUUCCAUAUUCCAGAAGAUAUCCCAAGGGAGAGAGAUGUGCCAGAAGCUAAAAGAACAGACAGAUCAGCUGAAGACUAAAGUGCAAGAAUUUUCCAGAAGCCUAGCACAGGACUCCCCCAGCUACGAGCAAGACGAGAGGCUGGAGCUGCAGAAACUGCAGGCCCAUCUGGAACUGCUGAAGCAGGAGUUUGUGGCUGAGGAGCAGCUGACUUUGGAACAGCAAGUCCACAAGCCUAAAUCGCCAGCUGUCAGUGACUAUGACCCCAAAAGGAAAGCGGAAGGUGAAGUCUCCAGGAUGGAGAUGCUACUUGAAGAUGUUGAAGGGAAGGUUGAUGAAGGCAAACACACUUCAGCUGGCUCUCUUCCCGAGAGUUCUCCAACCCUCCCAGGUGGCCUGCUAUCCACAUCCUCUCCACCCUCAGAUGAGGACCCCCGCCACACCUCCGCCUCCGGAAGGCAGCAAUGUGCAGAGAUAACCGGCCAGAGCUGUGCCUUCUGCCACUGGGUCCUCGAAUGGAAGCAAACCCUGGAGAAAGGCCACAGAAGGACCAGCUGUGGAGGGCUUCCCAUUGCCCUUCAGGAAAAGGCACCUCAUCCAGACUCACUUCUCAGUGCCGAUACAGGACUCAGCGGCUCUUCUGCUCCCGGCGCUGGGCUGCAGAGCACCUGCGAGAGCUGUGGCACUAGGACUCCCAACUGCCCCAGAGGCGGCCGGAAAGAACCACUUAAAGAAUUUCAUUACAGAUAUGACACCCCGGGACAGAAUUACUUAAAUCAUAGCGAAGGAAGAGCCUUUGUCCAGUUCCGCUUUUUAAAUGAAAAUAAGAAUUCUCCACCUUCUUAUUCAGAACCAAACUGGAUCUGUUCCCAGAGAGCAAAUUCAAAAUCUUCUCAAGAUGAGCGUGAGCCCAAACCAGGAAAAAAAAACCUUAAGGCUCCCAUGACCUCCGCUUCAGACCUGGCUACAUCCUCCCCGCAUUUCCACUCUGGUAGGGUUUCUGGAAGCCAAUCCUUAAGCAACGUUAGCAGUGACGAAGAAACGAAAUCUGAGGGUUUAGCCGCCUCUCUGGACCAUGCCCUGAGGACAGCAAACAUUUUGAAAGAAACAACUGAUCAAAUGAUCAGAACUAUUGCAGAAGAUCUCGCCAAACUACAGAGAUGGAGGAAUCGAUUGAAAUACUAGUUUGAUGCAAGGUGA